AAAGAGGCGACUCUGUGGGGUGUUGAAAACGUCUUAGGUUUGGAAGUUUGAAUGGAAUAAACAUGAAGAGCUUGAAAGCAAAGUUCAGGAAAAGUGAUGCCAAUGAGUGGAAUAAGAACGACGAUCGCCUGCUGCAGGCUGUGGAGAAUGGAGAUGUGGAGAAAGUAGCAUCCCUGCUGGGUAAAAAGGGAGCCAGCGCCACCAAACAUGACAGCGAGGGCAAGACUGCUUUCCACCUGGCCGCCUCCAAAGGGCAUGGAGAAUGCCUCCGGAUUAUGAUGACGCAUGGUGUGGAUGUAACAGCACAGGAUGGGACAGGGCACAGUGCUUUACACCUUGCAGCCAAGAACAGCCACCCUGAUUGCGUCAAGAGGCUCCUUCAGUCUAAAUGUCCACCAGAGAGCACAGAUAACUCUGGGAAAACAGCUUUACACUAUGCAGCUGCAUGUGGCUGCCUUCAAGCGGCUCAACUCCUGUGCGAACACAAGUGUCCCAUUAAUGUCAAAGACGUGGAUGGGAACAUACCUUUGUUACUUGCAGUACAAAAUGGCCACACUGAAUUGUGCAAAUACCUUCUGGAGCACGGCGCAGACAUCAAUUCUAGAGACAAAAACAGAAGAACGGCUCUGAUGCUGGCAUGCGAAGCUGGGAAUCUCGGAGCUGUGGAAAUACUGGUCCGAAAAGGUGCAGACAUAAACUUGGCAGAUGCGCUUGGACACAAUGCCCUGCAUUACUCCACGCUCUCUGAAAAUACAGGAAUUCAGAAUCUCCUUCAGUCAAAAAUUGUUCAAGAUGCUGAUGCCAAGUCACCAACCAAGCCAAAGCAGCAUGAACAAGUCUCUAGAUUAAGUUCAGAAAGAAGUGGAACUCCAAAAAAACGCAAAGCCCCGCCACCACCUCCAAUCAGUCCUAUCCAGCUUAGUGACUUUUCCUCCCCGCGCUCUGCCACUUCCACCCCGGUGUCUGGGAAAGGCCGGCCGUUUUUUGCCGAACAGGGAUCCAAGCAUGAAGAGAUCAGUGCCAUUCAGUCUGAUUGCAAGGAUGGUCUGAGUGAUAGUACUGCAGGUGCUGAUAGCCUGUUGGAUGUAAGUUCAGAAACAGACCAGCAAGAUCUGCUUUUACUGUUGCAAACAAAAAUUGCUUCUCUGACCUUGCAUAAUAAGAAACUGCAAGAAAAAUUACAGGCGAGAGCACUCAAAAUUGAAGACAUGGACACCACGCUGGACUCUUCUCGUUCCACCCACCUGGAGUUUGAUCACUCGACAGACAGGCUCAGCGAGAGCUCAACAGCAGCACCUCAGGGGGUCAGCUCGUCUUCCCUGAGUUUAGCCCAGGCUCAGGAAGAGGCAAGCAACAAUGAAGUGAAAAUUAAACAGCUGCAAGACAACCUAAAGGAAGUGCAAAAGAGACUGGACAGUUCGGAAGCGAAGAGGCGGCACUUGGAGACCCAGCUCCAGUCUGGAGCGGUAGAAACGGGUCCCUUGUUAAACAGCUCGGAGAUUUCGGAGAAUGGCUCUGACCUCAGCCAGAAACUGAAAGAAACCCAGAGCAAGUACGAAGAAGCGAUGAAGGAGGUUCUGCACGUCCAGAGGCAAAUGAAGCUGGGCCUGGUCGAUUCAGAAGGCAAAGAAGCUGACCUGCAGGAGCUCAGAGCAACGUGUCAGGAGGUGGAACUGCUGAAAGAAGAGCUGAGGCGAGCCCAAGAAGACAGCGAGAAGCUGAGAGCCAGAGUGAGGGAAUUAGAGGAAAAGCUAGGGGAGAGAGAGAGAAACGCGGCCAGCACGAUGUCGGCGGAAGAAUGUGAGGAGAUGAAGAGUUCUUACUGCUUGGUUAUUGAGAAUAUCAACCAAGAGAAGGCUCUGCUGAUUGAGAGGUACAAGGAGGGACAGGAGGAGAUUAAAAAACUCCAAGACAAGCUGAAGGGUCAGAUGGAGUCAGGGCAAAGUGAGGAGACAGCAGAGGUGAGAGAUGCAAAGAACAGGAUGAUAGAUGAGCUAAACAGGCAGGUCAGUGAGCUUUCUCGGCUGUACAAAGAAGCCCAGGCAGAGCUGGAAGACUGCAGGAGGAAUAUCGUUCCAGAGAAUGCCAAUUCAGGGUGCAUACCUCUGGAGGAACAUGAGAGGCUGAUGGAGGUCACUGCCUUACAGAGAGAGCAAGCGGAGGGUGCGUUGUCGGAAAUGAAGGCUCAGUACACAAAGGUGUUCAGUGAAGCCACACGACUCCAAAGCCUGGUUGAUGCCCAGAAGAAGAACUCCGUCUCCAUCUCUGAGCAUCUCCAGGUGGUCACUGCUCUCAGGGCCUCGGUGAAGGAAAUGGAAGAAGAAAUAGCCGAGCUCAAAGAGCAGCUUCUUCACAAGGAAAGUGAGGUGCGGCGUCUGCAGAAGGAACUGUUAGAAGAAGAAGCGGCCGUGUGUGAAGCCAUGGUGCCCAGAGCGUUGUACGAAGAGCUCCGUUCCACGUCGGAAGGUGAAGUCAACUCCUUGUCGUCCCGGCUGAAAGACUUGGAGAAAGAGAGGGGGAAUUUGUCUGCAGAUCUUGCACAGUUGAGGAAGGAAAUCUCGCAAAUGAAGGGGGAGAAAGAGAGCCUCCGGGUGCUCCUCGAGGCCAAGGAGCAAGAAAUCAAAGGACUGCUUCGUCAGUACCAUCAAGCCCAAGAAGAACUGCUUGAAAUGAAAAAAGCUUCUGAGAGUUCCUCAAAAAUGGAAGAGGACAAAGAUAAAAAGAUCACAGACAUGUCUAAGGAAGUUAUCAAAUUAAAGGAAGCACUGAACAGUCUCUCCCAGCUUUCUUACUCAACUGGUACACCCAAAAGGCAAAGCCAGCAGCUGGAGCUGCUGCAACAACAAGUCAAACAGCUACAAAACCAGCUGGCUGAAACAAAGAAGCAACACCAGGAUAUUGUAUCUGUUUACAGGACACAUCUGCUCUAUGCUGUGCAGGGCCAAAUGGAUGAAGAUGUCCAGAAAGUGCUUAAACAGAUUCUAACAAUGUGCAAAAGUCAGUCGCAGAAAAAAAAUGAAACCCUUUUCGUUGAUCCUUGAUGUUGCUGCUAUGGAGUUUGAGACUCGCCUUAAAAAUGAGAUUUGAUUGGCAACCCCGCAUAUAGGGAACUGUCGCAGAUCUCACCCACGUUUCUUCAUUUCUAUGUCUUAUGAGCUAAUGCAUCGUCAUGUCUUCCCUUGCCCAGUCAAAGUCCUUGAGUGCUAUUUUUGUGUCGUAGACACAAAUGCACAAUUCUGCAGAAAUUAAAGUUUAAAUCAGGGGUGUCCUAAGUCUGACAUACAGUAUUAGAAAGUGGCUCAGUGCUUCCUUUGGUUAUAAAGAGAUGGUGUAACCCAUGGAAGUCCUAGCAUCCAUUGCUGCAUUUUUUAUUUGAAUAGCUGCACCACUCGGAAGUGGGAGCAGAGAUGAAUUAUCCAGUCCCCAGUUAUUAAGGGGGGAAAAGCAACCUUCUCUUAUGUUUUAAGUCUCUCAGAGGUCAGGUAUAAUGGUAGAUGCAAUGUCUGAUUCUAAAACUUUUUGGCCUUGUUAACUGAAAGGAGAAAAAAGCCAACUUCACUAGGCACGGCCACUACUUGGCUAAAGCCAGCUGCAGUAUGUGUGUGUGUUUUUUAAAACUAUAUAUAUUUACCAAGUCAUGUACGGACUACAAGAACAUCAGACCAGUGAUAUGUACUAACUAGAUAAUGUAAAGUGUAGCCAUGUACUAAUGCAGGUCAAUGAAUUUUGAACACAGCUAACUCUGCUACAACCUCAGUUUCUUUAUCAAGCAGUAGGUCAAGCUUUCUAUGCAAAUCCUUGCAGUGCUCUUGGCCACGGAGCUCAGGAGGAAGAAACCCAGUGUUCUGAAUGACAAACAAGGGAUCCGAAUGAACUCAAGAUGUUUACAGUGAGCACUGUUGUCUCACGGUUCCGAACCUCACUUUUGUAAAAGAUCUUCUCUACAAUAUAUUUUUUACUGGCCCUCAAAUUUACAAAUGUUUUUGUAACUAAAGCCAUUUACUAUGUAGUAUUUCUUCUUUUAUUUCAUUUGUUUAAUUUUUUUUGCAGUAGACUUCAAUAACAAACAGUUUUGACAGUUGCUUUUUUCUGUCUUUCUUGAUUAGCCCAGAUCUCUGGUUGCAAAAUGCAAUGGAAGUCUCUCGUUCCCAUUUUAAAAAGGCUGUGUUGAAACACAACUGCCCUUACGUCGUUGAAUAAGAGAGGAUGACUUACAUGUUCAUCCUACUUUUUCUUUUUUGCCAAACAUUGUAACAACUAAAGCAUAGAUAAACCUUGUGUUUUGUUUCUAAGGGCUGUUUGCUACAUUAAAUUUAUGUGAUAUAGGAAUGAUCCUACAAACCGCUUCUGUGCCUAAAAGUCAUUUAGCAGGAACAGCUAAUACUUGUAACUCCAAAUGUGAGCUAUGCCCAUUUCACCUGCUGGUUUUAUAGCAGAUUUACACUCUUAACUCCUUUUGAAAGUACUAUUUCGAACUAGUGUAAUCACUACAGUGUCUCCCAAAGUCAUGGGAAUUGUAGCAUUCAGAAGGUGGUGUGAAUUCUUUUGUUUGAGAACUUCACACAAUGAAACUAGAAUUCCCAAGAUUCUAUUGCUGAGCACCAUGGUAGUUUUCAAGAUCAGUUUAAACUUCUAGCAUAGACAUGGCGUUUGCAGGAGCACUCCUGUAUUUCAAAAAACUAAUGGGGGAAACUACCUUUGAGAACCAGGGAGCCUCUCUUAAAGCCUUUAAAUCAAAUUGGAAAUACCAUAGAUGCACGACACCAGCUGUCUGGAUGUCAGAAAACCACAGAAGCCUAAACAUCUUAACAUUGUACCUAAAGGGAAUAACUAUUUGAGUGGUGUGUGUGGGUAUGUGUGUGUGUGUGUUCAAUGUAUGGCAUAGUUCUGCUGCAGAGAUUCUCAGAGCUCUAAAAUAAGUGAAGUCUAUAGACAGUUAGUUUCUCAAUGCCUCAGGGCUACCAAAUUCACCAUGCGCCAAAUAGCAACCCAUCCUCUUACAAUGGCCAAACUUAAAUUGAUUUAUGAGCAUACAGUCUCCUGGGCCAUGGGGUUUUGUUUAGUUUUGUUUACUAAUGCCUAUUCGUUUUGGACAAUGUUUCAUAAUUCCAACACUUUUUUUAAAAAAAAUGCUCCAAAGAAAUGUGAAAAUUUUGCUGUGGCACUUACAAAAACAAACAAAAAUAACAAAUCUAAAGUAUGCCAAUAAAUGCUGCCAAGUAUAAAACUUGAGGAACCAUUUUGUAGGUUGCCUGACAAAAAC